GUAACCGCAGAUGGCCAAAUGGAGGAAGCAAGGAAGACAGGCGAAGCCUUGCUUACCUCCGGCAUGGCUCAUGACCUAAAGGCCAUCCAGGUGCUAGCUAACCUCCCUCUACCGCUCUCCAAGAAGUACCGUCAUGUCAUGGUGGGCACCAUGUUGAAGGAGAACGUGUCAGGCGGCAAUAAAGCCCAGGUGCUGGAGUCAUUGACCCAUUUAGCCAAGGCCUUAAGCAUACUAGAAAAAUACGGAUGCAACCUAACUAGCCCUCUGAGGCCUAAAUUCUGGCGUAGCGUCAAGCACGCCAACACAGUUUUCAGAGCUACAGUGGACUCCAUCCAGGGCGGCCGUCAAGUGCUCUUCCUUUACGGGUACACUCAGCAGCAGUCUGAUGGCCUCAGCUUCCCCGACGACGUCACAGAGCCCGACAGGGAAAAAGUCGCCGCGGUGACGUUGGAAGUUAUGACGUUGCGUACGGAAAUAGACAUGCUCAUCAAGGGUACGCAUCCUCAUGAGGAAAUUUUCAGCGAUUUUAUACCGCAGUUUAACAUCGAGAAGGAUGCCACGACGACUGAUGCCGUUGUCAUCCCGCCGCAACAGGCGGAGGAGUCAGGGCGCAAGCGGUCGCCUCCUCCAGUGCUGCCCAAACCAAAACUCCCGACAGAAUUUCAAACUCCAAAAUUGCCACCGUCGAGCGAGCCACCAGCAGGGAUGAAGAAUUCAUCCAGUUCAUCAACGGAACAAUGCAAUCUCUGCGGCGGCUCGGCCACGGUCGUUUGCCCGUCGUGUGAUCAUCAAUCAUUCUGCGACGCGUGCGACGACCUCUUCCACCGCCACCCCGCCAGGAACCAUCACAAGCGUGAACCCAAAACCUCGCGAGAAAUGUGUUGCAUCUGCGGCGUAUCGCCCGUGCACGCUCGCUGCGCCACUUGCGUGCAGGUCUUGUGCCGCAAAUGCGACGACCUCUUCCACUCGCACCCUGAUCGUAAAGGUCACAGCAGGACUGUGCUGGAGAGCACCAAGGUUAACAGCGCUUCUUCGUCGACGUGGACGUGCAGUCAGUGCGCUACCGUCAACAAGGCGCAAAAUACGCUCUGCGCCACAUGCAAAAACAGCUCCACGCCAUCCAACACAGAGUGGAAGUGCAAGAGCUGCACAGUCAUCAAUCAAGGCAGCAGCGUCCUCUGUGAGGUGUGUGAGCGCCCCCGUCUGGCGCCUCCCCUGUCCAUCACCCCGGCGCUUCACAGCUCAGGUUCAAUCACCGUAGUAGAGAAAAGCUCAGGCGACGCAAAACAUCAAGUUCCCGCACCACCCCAACCCAAACCCAAACCCAGAGUCGGCUUGGAUCUGAAGAGGCAGGACCGUAUGAAGCAAGACGGCCUCAAGCUCGUCCAACAAAUCAAAGAAGCAGAGAAGCGCGGCGUCAGCCCAGAGGAAGUUUACGCCGCGUUACGCUUCUGCGACGGCAGUACGGACCCGUGCGAUUGGCACACGACGGAACUGCCCCAACUGCUGGAUGACAUCUGUGGCAUGGCCGCCUCGGUACACGCUAACGUCUCCGCCAGCGGCGAAGGCUUGGCGCUGUCCAGAGCUGAGGCAAAGUUGGCCUGGUUGGCCACGGGGGGCGACACUGAGCGGGCGGUGAUGCAAGUGCUGCGAGAUCGGAAGUUGAAGAUGAUGGAGCUUCACUCUCUAGGCUUCAGGGACACGGGUCAAUGCGAGGAGGCCCUUCGGCAAAGCGGCGGUCAAGUAAAGGACGCGCUUUCCCUGUUACAGCGCCCCCUACUGGACCCCUUCCACAAGCGCAUCUGGAGUGAGCAGCCCGAGCCACCCUUGGACCCCAACCACCCCGACAAAGAGAGGCUGUGCCGUCGCCUGCUGGCGCUCUACGACCUGCCCAGCUGGGGGCGCUGCGAGCUGACGCUGUCGCUGCUGCAGGAGCCAGACAUGGCGUAUUCGUUGGAGGACGUGGUGCAAGCAGUGCGCGAGUCACACGACCGGGACUUUAUCCGACGCGUCCUCAACAACGAGUGCCCGGUCUGCCUCAGCAUCUUCCCUCGUAGCAAGAUGCAAUCUCUGACAUCGUGUCAGUGUUCGGUUUGCCUGGACUGUUUUACAAGGCACUUCACCAUCGCUGUGCGCGACAAGUCCAUCUGGGACAUGGUUUGCCCCACUUGCGGAAAUCCCGACAUCAACGACGCCGAGAAUUCCAACAACUACUUCUCCACGUUAGACAUCCAGCUUCGGGAAUGUUUGGAGCCAGACGUUUACGACCUCUUUCACAAAAAGCUCCGAGAUCACACGCUCAUGAAGGAACCCAAUUUCUUGUGGUGCUGCCAUUGCGCCUAUGGCUUCAUCAACGAAGGCGAUCAGAUGAAAGUGACGUGUCUGUCGUGCAGCAAGAGCUUCUGCGCUAAGUGCAAGAAACCGUGGGAGGUUCAACACCAGGAUUUGUCCUGUGAGCAAUUCCAGCAGUGGAAGCGAGACAAUGACCCGGAGUACCAGAGGCAAGGCCUGGCGGGCUACUUGAGGGACAACGGCAUCACUUGCCCUCGCUGUCGCUUCCAGUACGCGCUGACCAAAGGUGGCUGCUUGCACUUUACCUGCACUCAAUGUCGUUACCAGUUCUGCAGUGGCUGUAAUAACCCCUUCAACAAGGAGAACUGCCGAACGGAACAAUGCAACUUCACAGGCCUUCACGCUCACCACCCUCGGGACUGCCUCUUCUACCUCCGAGACUGGGAGCCCGAGAAACUGCAGGCACUUCUAAAAAGAAGCAACGUGGACUUUAACACGGAAGCUCCUGAUGGACCGCAAGUGGGCACUUGCGGCGUGAUGGAGCAGAAAGACGAAGCCAGUAACGCCGAUUCGCCGUGCGGCGUCCAGACGCAGGCAGGCCAGGCCGGACUAUGCGAUAAACAUUACCGGGAGUACCUGGUCAGUCUGAUCAACGCCCACUCGCUUGAUCCCGCCCCUCUGUACGACCCCGACAGCUUGACCAGGGCUUGUGAAAGGUACCGCGUGGACAUCCAGAGGAGGCCGAAUGAGGACGAUAAUGCCUACUACUUUCGUCUGCUUCAGAAACUAAUGGAGGUUCCUCUGGGUGAAAAAGUUUGCAGGAACGCCACUCAAGAGCCUCAUGCAACUUAA